CCAUCAUUCUCUUAAAGCUGGGUGCCUGGAGCCCUAGCACUAUCAUGGGGGUGUCCUGAGCCGAAGCAGGGUGUUGGGUCAUUGCUGCCGCUGCCACUGUCACUGCUGUGUCAGCUCUGGUGGGGACGACACCUGAUCAGAUGUGAAGAUAAACAAGACGGCCUUUGUUUUUUGGAAGUUCACUUUACGGUUGGAAAGAUUCAUAUAUCUUACAGCCCAGUGUGACAGAGGGACGACAGAGGCACAGGUUCGCAGAUGCAACGGACCUUGACAAGUGCCGGGACAAUGCGUGAUCACGCUGGAGGUGGGGAGAGGAGGUGCUGCCUCAGUGAGCAGGAGGGCAACCUUCUGUGACUGGAUGACCAGGGCUGUUGAGCUGCUGGCCAUCUCAAAACCCAGCUGUGAGCCAGCGUGGUGGAAGCUGUGCAUGGAAGCCAGGAGCUGGGCUCCCAGAAGGCAACAGUGCCUGCCAGGGAUCAUGCUGCUGGUCUUCUUCUCUCUGCUCAGCUGCCUGUUCACCUCCAGCCAGGCCAAGGUCUACAGUCGCUGUGAGCUGGCCAGAACGCUCCAGGAUUUCGGCAUGGAGGGAUACCGGGGAUACAGCAUGGCUGACUGGGUCUGUCUUGCUUACUUCACGAGUGGCUUCAACACAGCUGCUGUGGACCAUGAAGCCGAUGGAAGCACCAACAACGGCAUCUUCCAGAUCAACAGCCGGAUGUGGUGCAAAACUCUCAGCGCAGAUGUCCCCAACCGGUGCCAGAUGUACUGUUCUGACUUGCUGAAUCCUAACCUUAAGGAUACUGUCAUCUGUGCCAUGAAGAUAGCUCAACAGCCCCAGGGGCUGGCCAGUUGGGAGGCCUGGAGGCGUCACUGCCAGGGCAAGGACCUCAGAGACUGGGUGGAUGGCUGUGACUUGUAGGAUCCUAUGUGGAUGGACCAGGCCGUGCAGAGCAGGCUGGGAGACGUGGUUUGGUUUCUGAUGCAGGCUUGAGAAGACAAGCCCACCAAUAAAGUGUGGUGUGACCUAAG